AGGUCGAUCGGACACCCACCGCACCGCGAUAAGAAACGGAAUCCCAAACCAAAUCCCGGACAGAAACGAAAAUGAAGGACCUCUUCUGGCACCUGGUGGGCAUAGCCACCGGCCUGAAGAUCCUUCUUAUUCCCGCCUACCACUCCACAGAUUUCGAGGUGCACCGCAACUGGCUGGCCAUCACCCAUAGUUUGCCCCUGGAGCGCUGGUAUGUGGAGGCCACCAGCGAGUGGACACUGGACUACCCGCCUUUCUUCGCCCACUUCGAGUGGGUGCUGUCGCAGGUGGCCAAGUAUGUGGAUCCGCGGAUGCUGGAGGUGCAGAACCUCAACUAUGAGUCCAAGGGGACCGUCUACUUCCAGCGGCUCUCGGUGAUUGCCACAGAUCUGGUCUAUGUCCUAGGCGUGCGCAGCUGCCUGGGAUCAUUGGGUUUGGCGCGUGGCACGCAGCAGCACUUUGCCGGCUCCAUGUUGCUCCUGCUCAACGUGGGACUGCUAUUCGUGGACCACAUCCACUUCCAGUACAACGGUUUUCUGUUUGGCAUCCUGCUUCUGAGCAUCGGGGCCCUCAUCCGUCAGCGAUUCCUCUGGAGCGCCUUUGCCUUCGCUGUGCUGCUCAACUUCAAGCACAUCUUCCUGUACUUGGCACCGGCUUUUGGGGUCUACCUGCUGAGAUUCUACUGCCUAGAGCAAACCUCUGUGCUUUCCAUGGCGAGUGCCUUUGUCAAGUUGCUGGCUGUGGGACUAACUCCGUUCGCCAUGUCCUUUGGACCCUUCUGGCAGCAGCUUCCGCAGGUCCUUUCCCGCCUGUUUCCAUUCAAGCGAGGCCUGACGCACGCCUACUGGGCACCCAACUUCUGGGCACUGUACAACACAGCAGACAAGGUGGCCGCUGGCGUUUUAAAGGUGCAGGAUUCCGGAACCUCUACCACGUCGGGAUUGGUACAGGAAGUCAGGCACACCGUGCUGCCACCCAUCACACCGCCCGUAACGUUCGUCCUCACCGUUGUCUUCAUGCUGCCAAUUCUGGUAAAACUCUUCAGGAGUUCCAAGAAUCAAAGUCCCCUGGUCUUCCUGCGAGCCGUGGUUUUGUGCGGCUGCUCCUCGUUUGUGUUUGGAUGGCAUGUGCAUGAGAAGGCCAUCUUAAUGGUGCUUAUUCCCCUUUGUCUAUUGACCCUUGUUAACCGCGAGGAUGCCAGAUACGCCUAUAUCCUGGGCAUUGCUGGAUACUUUUCUCUGUUUCCGCUGCUCUUUGACGCGGAUCUGUACAUUCCUCGGUAUUCCCUGUACAUGUCCUAUGUGGCCAUGCUGUACGGCCAGCUGUAUCGCAUCUUUCCCGGCUUUCGGGGCUUCCACGCGCUGGAGUGGCUCUACAUGCUGGGUUUCCUGGCCAUUCCGCUGUACGAGCACCUGCUCGCCUUCCUGCUGCACUUGGACAAGCGUCUUCCCUUCCUGCCACUCCUGCUGACAUCCGUGUACUCGGCGCUGGGAGUGCUCUACUUCUUUGGGGCCUUCUAUCUGUACGCCCUGGGCUUUACCUGGGGCAAGGUGGCCUUGAGCGGCCCAUCCUGCUCCUCCGCUGUUAAAAGAAAACGAAAAACAAAAUAAACGGAGCAGUAGAAUGGGCUUCAGCAGAAA